AUGCAUCGCAUUGCAAUCAUAGCAGCUCUUGUCUUCUUCACCCAGCUCAUCUUAGCUCUUUCUCCCAACUACCAAUUUGAUCAAUUACCACGCCCCAUCCACCAAGCCACUUUCGCGGGCCAGCACAUUCAAGAGCAGCUCAAGAAGCUUUAUCCUGGUAUUCAGUUUCCCAAACAUGAGAUCAACAAUGAGCCUAAAGCCCUUACGACUCGUAAUAAGAACAACUUCGCCAUUGACCCGGCCCUUGCCUACUUAGCAAGCUACGCGUACGAUAUCGAACAAUCAUGCACCGAGGAUUGGGCUGACCCGGGUGUCUGGAUUGCAGGUGGUCAGGAGAGUGACACGGAUGGUUAUGCGGUCUGGGUGCUGGGCUGGAAUGGCCAAGGUGGACAUGGAUGCUAA